UAAUAUAUACACUCCAAGAUCUCUCAUCUCAUCUUCUCAACAAAGCAUAAACACACUUACACAUAUAUGCUUACCCUUUCUUCACUUCACCUCAAAAUUGUAAUUAGCAUCACCAAGCAACGCUUGUUAACAACCACAACACCAUGUCUUCAACCUCGAAACCUAACCUUCCAUGGAAGGUGCGCACCUCUAUGUCCAUCCUCUCUACCAUUUGCGAUAUCACUCGUCGUUCUAAUGGUACUAUCAAUCGUCGCCUCCUCUCACUCCUUGACUGGAAACUCCCUCCGAACCCUAACUCUAAAUCCAUCAACGGUGUCUCUUCAUCUGACGUCAUGGUGAACUCCACACAUAACAUUUGGUUUCGUCUCUUCAUACCUUCCUCCGCCGCUGCCUCCACAAACUCAUCCCUCCCGGUUAUCAUAUUCUUCCACGGAGGUGGCUUCGCGUACAUGUCUCCUUCUUCUCUCCCAUAUCAUAUUCUUUGUCGGUUAUUUUGUCGUUCUUUUCCCGCCAUUGUUGUCUCUGUCAAUUACCGUCUUACCCCUAAGCAUCGUUUUCCAUCUCAAUACGAAGACGGUUUGGAAAUUCUAAAGUUUCUCGAUAAAAAUAGUGACGUUUUAGGAAAAUCUGCUGACAUCACAAAAUGUUUUUUGGUGGGUGAUAGUGCAGGUGGAAACUUGAUUCAUCAUGUGGCAGUUCGAAUUUCUUUAGAGAAGUUUCAAAUUUUGAAAGUAAUUGGAUUGAUCUCGAUGCAACCAUUUUUCGGAGGAGAGGAACGAACUGAAUCUGAAAUUCGUUUGAAACGAGUACCCAUUUGUUCAAUGGAUAAAACUGAUUGGUGUUGGAAAGUAUUUUUACCAGAUGGGUCGAACCGAGACCAUGAAUCGUGUAAUGUUAGUGGACCUAAUGCAAUGGAUAUUUCAGAAGUGGAUUACCCGAAUACCCUUUUGUUAGUUGCCGGUUUUGACCCGUUAGUAGAUUGGCAAAAGAGAUAUUAUGAGUGGUUGAGAAAAUCUGGAAAGAAAGUGGAAUUAAUUGAAUAUCCAAAUAUGAUUCAUGUCUUCUUUUACUUUCCAGAUUUACCCGAGACUUCUCAAUUUAUUUCUAAAGUUAAAGAUUUUAUGAUUAAGCAAAUGGUUAAUAUGAAUUAGGGGUUCGAAAAUGUAGAAAAAAAUAUUAAUUUUUAAAUUCUGUAAUAAUAAUAUGAAAAUUGUUGUGCCAAAAUAAAACUAAAUAUUUAUUUGUGUUGAUGUUCUAUUAAAUUAAGAGAAAGAAAAUGUGGUGUGUACAAAUUAUUGAUUGUAUUGUCAAAUAAUCAUUAUGUUAUUUUGUAGAU